CCCUCUGCCCGGACUGAGGGAGCAGCUCAGUCCGCCACAAGGAGACUUCUGGAGGCUCACUGACCAGCUUUGACACCGGCAGGUCACGGCAGGACAGAGGAAGCUGUCGGGGAGAGAUUGAAUCCAGCAGUCACAAUGGCAGACAGCGGGAAGACUAAUGAGACAGGAGCUGCAGCAGCAGAACCGGCUAAUGGAGACCAGCAGACUGUCGUUUCGCGCGUGAGCAACUUGGCCUUGGUCAGCUCGGCCUGCGAGGUGGUUUCCAGCGCCUACACCAGCACCAAAGACAGCGUGCCCUUGCUGAAGGGAGUGAUGGAUGCAGCCGAGAGCGGGGUCCGAACCCUGGGAGCAGCUGCCACCACGGGGUCCAAACCUCUUUUGGACAUUAUAGAACCGCAGCUUGCUACAGUAAACGAGUAUGCAUUGAAGGGACUGGAUAAGAUGGAAGAAAAGCUGCCUAUUCUUCACCAACCGGCAGACAAGGUGGUGUCAGACACAGUAGGUAUGGUGUACCAGUCGGUGGCGGGGGCCAAGGAUGCCGUAGUGGAGGCUGUGAUGGGUGGCGUCGAGCUGACCCGGGCAGCAGUCAGCGGAGGUAUCAGCACCGUCAUGGGCACCAGGAUGGGCCAGAUGGUCAGCAGUGGGAUGGGCCUGGCGCUCAGCCGAUCCGAGGACUGGGUUGACCAGAACCUACCACUCACUGAGAGAGAGCUGGCUGCUCUGGCUGAACCCACCAGCUCUGAGGUGGCCACCCCUUCGGCCAGCCCCAGCUACUUUGUCCGUUUGGGGAAACUCUCUGCCAAGGUACAGGAGCGAGCCCUACAGCAGUCCCUGGUCCGUGCACGACAUGCCAGGGAUGCCACCUAUACUGCAGUGGCUCAGAUUACCAGCACUCUGGACCUGCUAGAAAAGACUAGAACUGGUGUGGGCACAGCAAGCGACCAGAUAGGAGGAGCCUCGGAGCAGCUGCAGCAGCGCUGGACAGAGUGGCAGCAGACGCAGGAAAGAACCGGACAGACCAAGUCAGAGCCAGAUGGGACCAAAGAUGAAUCUGAGCAGCUGGAACGACGGGCGCUCUCCAUGGUGCGUGGUCUGAGCGACCAGCUGAGGUCAGCGUGCUCCAGUGUGGUUUCCAGUGCUCAGGGUCUGCCCGGUACGAUCCAGGAGCAGCUGACCAGCGCACGGCGGUCCGCUGAAGAGCUGCAGUCCUCUCUGGGGAGCACCACCACCAUCACACCCCUCCUUCUGGAGAGGAGCCGUCAGCACCUGAAACAAGUUCAACAGUCUCUGGAUGGUGUCAUGGAGUAUCUCCUGAACAACACACCGCUCAACUGGCUGGUGGGACCUUUUGCUCCUCAGAGGACUGAGAAGGCAGAAGGAGACGUGACAAAGGAGCCGGCUGCUCCGAAGAACUAGAUCUAAAAACCUGCUGUGUUUCUCUGACGUAUUUUGUGGUGUUGACAGGAGACUGAUGUUUACUGUAGGUGGAACCACUUUAACAGUUUGCUUCAUUUCAAGGUGCCUUAACAUUAACAUAUUUAUGUUUUCUUUAUGAUGCUUUAAAGUUUAACUCUUCUCACGCAGACGCCAUUGAUAUUCAGUUAUAACUAAAGAACCUGUGCUAAGGGUUGGCCAAUUACCAAUUGCUGAAUCCAAUAUUCUGCAUUUUUCUUAAUAUCUGAAUUGUUUUUUUGUUUUUUUUAACUGAUUCCUCAUAAAAUUAUAUUAAAAUACACUGCUGUGGCUCUGAUGCAGCUACCUCUAUCCGUCUGGAGUUGCUCCGCUGUGGUCUCAAGCAACAUCCUGUCCAUAACACUAUAGCUGAUAUGUCACAAGUACCAGCCUAUCAUCACUGAAAGACAAAUCUUGAAAAGUUAUUUUUGUAAUUAAACAUGCAUAAAACAAUAAGAAGCAAAGGCGGUUCAACAAAGACUUGUGCUGGAGUUUGUGUUAUUUUAAAAUUUGGAUUUUUAGUUUAAUUUUCACUGUAAAUCUGUUCCAAGGAUGCGUUCCAAUAUCCAUAGAAAAGUCCAGAAAAUAAGACAUGUAGUGUCUGUAAUGCAGUUUGCCAAAAAUACCAGGAUGUCUCGACUACAUCCAGAUUUUGCAGUUUGCAAACCAGCUUGUUUUUCUGGCCGUUCUGACCUGCAAUCUUCUGCACAGUAGAGUCACAGCGUCUCCUGCGAGUAUAAAGUUUGAGCAGCUGAGAGUGUACCAACAGAUGACAGCUCAUUCUCCACGACAGACUGCGGUGGUCAGAGUUUAAGAACAGCUCAGAUACUGUUUAUCGGUCUCUAUGACUGCGAAUAAUUAUUGGCCAUGGAAAAAAAAAAAAAACAUUGGUGGUCGACCCCCAACCUGUGUCCUUAGAGAAUUUGUACAUUUAAGUACUUUAUUAUUUAUGCUGGAGGACAUAAAAGGAUUUUUUACAUCUCUUGAAGAGGAAGUCAUGUAAUGCUUGACUUUUGUAAGUAAAUAUUUCAAAGCAUUCCCAAAACUAAGCCAAAUUUAUGUUAGAAAAAAACACAAGAGGGUACAUAUGAAUGAACUGUAGAGAGUUCAUAGAACAUUUCACUUGUUUUAAGAUUUUAAUUUCAGUGUUUUUGUGUCUGAACCUGGACAGAUUAAUGGAAGCUAAAGAACUUUCAAUGAGGUGAAUAAAUUUCAAACUAAAUUGUCUCUGAGUUUUGUUUUGGUUUUUUUUCCAAGUGUGGAGCCAUUUAAAAAAAAUAAAUCUUUGAUGAAAGUUGCCUUAACAUUCCUGUAAUCGUGUUUUAUUCAUGUUUUUACCAGUUAGAGCUCCAGUUAGUUGAAAUUUUCACACCUCGAUUAUAUUUUUUACUGCAAAUGUCAGUUAUUGGUCUCCUUGAUUGCUGAUAAUUGGUACUGGAUUGUAAUAAAACAUGUCGGUCGACCCCUGA